CUUCUCCCAUUCCCCACUCCAAGCACUGAUCUCACCUCCAAUUCACUCCUCCGAGGAAUCACCACCCACCUGACCGUCGGCAGCAAUGUCGGGGCGCGGCAAAGGAGGCAAGGGGCUCGGGAAGGGCGGCGCGAAGCGUCAUCGGAAGGUGCUGCGCGAUAACAUCCAGGGCAUCACCAAGCCGGCGAUCCGGCGGCUGGCGAGGAGGGGCGGCGUGAAGCGCAUCUCGGGGCUCAUCUACGAGGAGACCCGCGGCGUGCUCAAGAUCUUCCUCGAGAACGUCAUCCGCGACGCCGUCACCUACACCGAGCACGCGCGCCGCAAGACCGUCACCGCCAUGGACGUCGUCUACGCUCUCAAGCGCCAGGGCCGCACCCUCUACGGCUUCGGCGGCUAGGCUGAUGCGCCCUCGAUUCCUCCGAAGUUGUCUGGCCGUGCUCACAAGUCUUGCGGUCAAGAAAGUUUCAGACUCGCUUGUUUAGUUCAUCAUUGGCUGUAGUAGGUUUAAUUGAAUCGUGAGAAAGUAAAUAAGGUUUGCAUCUGAUGUUCGAAAUCAAGCUUGUUCUGUGCGACCGUAAACAAGAUAUUAAACAAGGUUGUUUACAAA